AUGAUCAGAAAAACCAUAAAUAGUAUAGCUUCUUAAUUUAGCUACAAAAAUGUAUUCUUCUUUACUAAAAGAAAAGAAGGAUUUUAAAUAAUAGAUUACCAUGAACUAACCACUUCUGAAAGUGGAGAAUUAUUUACUAAAUUUUAGAGGAGUUUUGGUAGAGAUGGUAUUGGCUCUGUUCUUGUAAGAAAUAUACCCCAUCUUUCAGAGACACGUUUCAAGCUCCUUCCUUUGACUUAUUAAUUAGCAAAUAUGCCAAAUGAAGAACUUGAAAAGCUAGUAAAAGCUGAAACUCAUUAUCUCAGAGGGUGGAGCUAAAAAAAUUAAAAGGUUUAUGGUGUUGAAAAUAAAAAUUUAGGUAUUUUUAGAGCACACAUUUUGAAAGACGACAAAUAUUAAUGGAGUGUUAGCUAAUUAGAACACCUCCCAAAAAGAAUAUAGCAUUUAGUUGGUGACAAUGUUUGGCCAGAUAGUAAUCCCUCACUUAAUAAGAUUUACAAGAAACAAUUCCUCGACUACCACCAAAUAGUUUAUAAAACUGCUAUCAUUUUACUUACGAAAUUAGAAAAGUUUAUUGAAAACGAAUAACCCCAUUUUAGAACUUCAGCAUUAACUCAGUUAUUAAAGAGAUCUGACCAACAUAUCGGUGGUCAGUUCUAUAGCUAUCCUAAUUGCAGCUAUGAAUAACUCACAUAGGAUUGGGCAUAUUGGUCAACUGACUAUAGUCUAUUAUAAGGAUUAUCAUCAUAGAUCUAUGUUAAUUCUCUUGGUGAGACUCAAGACUACGUUGACCAUGACUCAGGUCUUCACAUUUUCUCUUAGGACCCAAAUAAUUACAUUAAAAUUAGAUUAGAUGAUAAUAGUAUUUUAUUUAAGGCUGGAGAAGCAUUAUAAAUAUUAAGUGGAGGUGUUAUUUAUCCUAAGCCCCAUAGACUCAUAAGAGGAAGCUUUAUUGCAGGAAAAGACUUGAGUGUUGACUAUCUAAAUACAGUAAUCUAACCUAAUUUAGAAGAAAAGCUCUCUGUACCAGCAGGUGUUAAAGUUGAUGAUGUCCUUGAUGAGUUCUCUGCUAGUGUUGUACCAGACCUUUCAGAAAGAUGGUAGCAAUCAACAACCUAUGGCUAAUUUGUAGAAAAAACGUUAUUGAGUUACUAAGCAAGAAAAUGA